AUGGCGAGCAGCGACAGCAGCCACGCCGCGGAGAGCUUCCCCGGCUCCGACGGGGACGAGGAGGCGACUCUGGGGCUGGAGACCGAGGAGGAGUCGGAGGGCGAGGAGGACGAGGCGGCGGAGACGGAGGACGAGCCGGACGCCAGGUUAUCAGAUCAGGAUGAAGAGGGCAAGACCACGCAGGAGUGUAUCAUUUCUGACCCCUCCUUUUCCAUGGUGACAGUUCAACGGGAAGAUAGUGGAAUAACCUGGGAGACUAAUUCAAAUAGAUCUACUCCCUGGGCCUCAGAAGAAAGUCAGACUUCUGGUGUGUGCAGUCCAGAAGGGUCGACUGUGAGUUCUCCUCCAGGAAAUGUGUCCUUUAUUGUGGAUGAAGUUAAAAAGGCACCGAAAAGAACUCAUAAGGCAAAGCGUGGCUCACCAUCAUUACGUCGGAAAGGCAACAAAAAAAGAAAUUCUUCUGAAUCCCAAGAUGCUCCAGCAAACAAGAAGGACAAUCCUUUAAUUUCAGAAAGCCAGGCGCUAAACAUUGAGAAAGAGAAGUCAUAUACUGGCGUGCAUGAUAAAACAAGGAAAAAGAAGACCACGUCAAAUACACCCCCUAUUACUGGGGCCAUAUACAAAGAACACAAGCCAUUGGUGUUAAGGCCAGUCUACAUAGGGACAGUACAGUAUAAAAUUAAGAUGUUUAAUUCGGUUAAAGAAGAAUUAAUUCCGCUACAGUUUUAUGGAACAUUGCCAAAGGGUUACGUGAUUAAAGAAAUACAUUAUAGGAAAGGGAAAGAAGCAUCUAUUAGUUUAGAGCCAGAUUUGGGCAAUUAUGAUUCUAAGACAGUUUCCAAACCAGGCAAAUUAGGAGCCCGAAGCAUAGAAGAAGAGAAAUUAAAAGAGCUUGCUCCACCCUGGAGAGAGGCACUCUCUAAAGGAUCAAAGUCCCUGUCCUCAUUAUUCAGUCAUGAAAGUCAAAAGAAAACUGACGCUGAUUCCCCCCUAAAUGCCACAUCUGCAUCAGAGCACACAGUUUCCUCUUACUCAAGUAAUGACACGGAAGAACUAGAACCCCAGCUCAGGCCUCCACGGCCAGAGAGUGAAGCAAAACCCCACGAAAUGGAGCCUUCCUCUCUGUCACCUGCUGCACCUCCAAGGGUGUUCCUGAAAACAGCAAAGGAAGAGUCUGAGGCCGCUUCACAAGGAGCCACCACUCCAGCGACAGGCUCUUUAGUUGAUGGGGGAAAGCAGGAAGAAGGGCGUUCUGCCCACCUGGCCACGCCACUGGAGGCAGAGCAGGACUUUCUGGAGACAGGUUCGCCAGGUCUGGCAGCAUCGACUCAGGAAGGUUUUGGCCCAGACAAAGAACAGCUGGACCUGCCUUCACUAGAAAGAGCAGAACCAGUCUCUGACCAGCUGCUGCCUCCUCAUCCCAGUGUCAAAGGAGAGACAGAGGGAAGUGUGCCUGAGCCCCCUGAACCUCUAGUGUCAGGAGAACCCGAGAGAGAAGUAGAAACUGCCCUCCCCGUGGCUGCUGCUGCUGAACCUGCAGGCUCUGAGUUAGCAGAAGAGAUCAUAGAACUUGACGACGCGGGAAGUCUGUUAGUUUCUGAGAAGCCCUUCCUACCGACUUUGUCCCCUGAAGUGGCACACAAAGAAGAGGAACCUGUCCCACCACUACUGACAGCAUCCACCCCCGCACGUGUCCCUCCACCCGAGGAAGAGAGAGAGGAAAAUGAAUCUGUUUCCCCUGAUUCCGCUUUUGUGUCGGAGUGUUCAGGAGCACCGGGGUCAAACUAUGAACUAGAAGAGCAAGAAACUGAGCCCGUUUCUCCACCAAAAGUAAAAACCAUGACUGAACAUGUGGUUUUGUCAGAAGAAGAGAAAGAGGAAUUGAAGCCCCAUUCCCCAGCUGUGCUCUCUGCAUCUGAACGCUCUCUGUCACCAUCCACAGCUGAGAAGACUUCAGAGCGCCAGUCUCCACUAUUUUCAUCAGUUACCCCAGAGCAUGUGGUCCUCUCAGGAGAUGAGACCUCAGAAAGUGGGCGUUACACCCCAGAUUCCACAUCUGCUUCUGAACAUUCAGUCCCAUCACAGGCAACAGAAGAGUCGCUGAAGAAAACCACUGACCAUAAAAUGCCACUAAAACCAAAAGGUGUUUCUGAGCCCAUGGUACUGUCAGAAGAAGAGAAGGAAGACAUUGGAUCACAGUCUCCAGCUGUGGGCUCUCAGUCUGAACGCUCUCUGUCACCAUCCGCAGCUGAGAAGACUUCAGAGUGCCAGUCUCCGCUGUUUUCAUCAGUUACCCCAGAGCAUGUGGUUCUCUCUGGAGAGGAGACCUCAGAAAAUAUUGGAUCACAGUCCCCAGCUGUGGGUUCUCUGUCACCAUCCACAACUGAGAAGACUUCAGAGUGCCAGUCUCCGCUGUUUUCAUCAGUCACACCAGAGCAUGUGGUCCUCUCAGGAGAUGAGACCUCAGAAAGUGGGCGUUACACACCAGACUCCACAUCUGCUUCUGAACAUUCGGUCCCAUCACGCGCAACAGAAGCAUUGCUGAAGAAAACAACUGAGAUGACUUCGGAAUGCCAGCCCCCACCACUUUCGGCCACCCCAUCUGAACGUGUGGUGCCAUCAGAAGAAGAGGCAGUGGAAAUGGAGCGGUACACACCCUCUUCCACGUCUGGGUCUGAAUUUUCAGUACCCCCACCUAUAACACCAGAACCACAGGAGGAAAAAAUUGUCCACGAUCUCCCUCUAAAUUUAGAAAGUGCCUCCUCACCCAAGAGUUUAUCAGAAGCAGAUCAAGAAGACAUCGGACCUUUUUCUCCAGAUUCAGCCUUUGUGUCAGAAUUCUCAUUUCCUCCCUAUGCAACUCAGGAAGCAGAAAAAAGAGAAUUUGAGUGUGAUUCUCCAAUGUGUUUAACAUCACCAUCUGACCACACUAUCUUGUCAGAUGAAGACACUGAAGAAGCCGGACUUUUUUCUCCAGACUCAGUAUCACAAAUUUCAAUCCCACCGUUUAGAGUCCCAGCAACAGAGAUAAAUGAAAUUGAGCCCGAUUCACUAUUAACUGCAAUGCCUGCUUCAGAAUAUUCCUGCUUCUCAGAAACAGAUGAGGAAGAAAUUGGAUCAACAGCUUCUACACCUGUACCCGAGCAUUUCAGUUCAUCACAGGAGCAAAAAGCUGAACCCUUUCCUUUGAUAUCGGUGCUAGAAGACUUGAGUCUGCCACCUUCAAGAAAUAAACCAGAAAAAGCAGAAGUUAAGCCAGACAUUCCCACAACCUCAACAUCUGUAUCUGAAUAUCUCAUUUUGGCACACAAAAACAAAACUCAAGCAUCUUUGGAGCCUGAGUCUGAAGACUUGAUUCCACCAUGUUCAAACAGUGAAUUGGAGAAGGGAGAAACAAGGCCUAGUCCAUCAGUGGCUGCAACACCUGCCUCUUUACUUGCACCGUCAUCCAUGGUAAAGGAAGAAACCAAACCUGUUUUGCCUGCACGUCAGUGUUCAGUUUCACCUGAUUCAGUCCAUGCAAUUAAGAAAGAACAGGAACCUAAAUCAUCACUUACUUUAAAAGCUGCAGAUGAACAGAUGGCUUUGUCAAAAGUCAGGAAGGAAGAAAUUGUGCCCGAUUCCCAAGAAGCUACACCACAUGUAUCACAGGAUCAAAAAAUGGAGCCUCAGCCUCCAAAUGUUCCAGGGUCUGAGAUGAAAUAUUCAGUUUUGCCUGAAUUGGAAAAUGAGCCAAAGAAGGAUGUCAAACCCAAUUUAGCUCCAAAUGUGACUUCUGAACAAGAACAGAGAAUCUUGUCUAAGAACGAGCCUGAAGUAACAAAACCAUAUUCACCUCUAAAGGAAACAUUUUUAGCUGCACCUGAGGUUGUAUCAGUAGUGAAAACAGAAGUAAAACGUGAUCCUAAAAUAAUGAGUACAUCUAUGGAGCCUUAUCCGGCUUCCUUGGGAGUGGUGAAGGAAGUUGAACAUGGUCCACCUGCACCAGCAUUUUUUUCGGCUUUGUCAGAAGUAAACAAAGAAACUAAACCUAGUUCCUCAACAACCGCAUCUGAAACUACGCUGGAGUCAAACUUAACCAAAUCGGUGAAAGAGGAAAUCCCAACAGACGUGUCCUUCGCCAGCCCUGUGGAACAUCCAGUCUUAACAAAAGGAGGAAAGGGUGAAUUAGGAAGUGGUUUGCUACCCCUGGUAACAUCUAUAGAUGAACAUUCAGUGCUUAAAGAAGAAAGGGCAGGAAUUAAAGAUGCUUCUCCCAUUGAAACUUCUUCCUCCAAAGUUUUAGCUUGGCUAGAAGCAGAGAAGGAGGUGAAAGUUGCUUCACCUCUGAGUGUCUCCUCUAUGUCAGAGCAUUCUGUUUUGUCAAAGGUAGAAACUGAAGAAAUUAAACCUGAGCCAAUAUCCCAAACACCAUCUGCUCAGCGCUCUGAUGCGUCUGAGGGAGCAAAGGUAGAAGACAAACAAGGUCUCUCACUUUCUGCAGUAAUUGACUCAGAAUGUUCGGUUUUAUCACAGGAAAAGGACUCAGAGGCAUCGGAGCCUGAACACGUAUUCUCACUCAACCUAGGUGGCAAGUUAAAGAAAGAAGACCCUGAACUUCUUUUAUCACAAAAUGUGUCACCUCCACCCAAACCUAUAGUCCAAAAAGGCAACAGUGAAGAAAUAGCCAGCUCUUCUGAGUUGGAAAAUUUAGUGUCAGAAGACUUAGCCCCAACAUUACCGACCCCUGGGGAUGAUAAGAGCAAACAGGCCAUGGAGCCAGCUCCUACAGCUCAGGGAGAUUUCCCGUCAGAAAAACAAGGCGUUGGCCUGGCAGAACUCUCACUGGAGCCUGAGAAGAAAGAGCAGCUAUGCCAACCAUCAGAGUUCCCAAAUGCUGAAUCAGAAAUCACUCACGGUUUAGGUAGACAAAGUAGAUCCAUAGAUAAAAAACAAAUAAAAUCUCCCAUCAUUGAAACAGGGGGUUCUGUUUCAGAAAAGGACCUAGCGGAGCUUACAGGUAGAAAAGGAAAAGAAGAAAACAAGGAACUUCAAGCCUCUGCGAAGGUGCCUGCAGUUGCAGAGGUUUCGUCGUGCCUAAGGGAGGAAGCUCAGAAGGAAGAAACGAAACCUUUCUCUCCCGAGGGAGUCAGCCUCAGGUCGAAAGGAGACCACCCAGAAGAACUUCAGCCAUAUCUUUUUUCACUAAAAGGAUUAUCAGAACAGUUGAACCAUUCAGCUGACUUUCAAAAGGAGGAAGAUCAAGAAAUAAGCUCAUUACCACCAAUAGGAAACUUGAAGGCACAAAUGACGGAAGAUAUUGUAACCAAACCAAAUGAAGACACAGGCCACCCCAAAUCAGCCUGUGUGGUCCAGAGUGUAACAGAACCAUCCAAGAUCACUCCUCCUGACCUUGUGGGACGGAAGACAGAAAAAGCACUUCGUUCAGAUCAAGCUAUUAAAUUACCUGACAUAAGCACCUCUCCCACAGAUAAACAGGAUCUGGGUAUUCAACAAUUAUCGUUCACGAAGGAGAAUUUGCCUUUGGAACAACCGAAAUUAUAUAUGAUAACCAAGCCUGCAGAUUUGAAGGAGACAAAAAUGAAAGAGUCUUUUAUUUCUCUAAAGGAUGAAAAAACGAUGUUGGAAAAGCCAGAAAACUUGGCCAGCCAGCAUGAAGAAAGAACACCAGGAUCUGUGCAACUGGGUUCCUCUGACAGCAGUGAUGUGAUGAGCAGGCAGCCGAAGGCUCUGUCAGAUGAGGACCAGCCCUGGGCAGGCAGAAAGCAGGUCCCACCACAUUCUGCUGAGGAAACUCCUCUGUCAUUACAAGAACCAGUACCUGCUCUUGAUAUUUCCAGUGGUGAUGAAGAGACCUUAUUAAGUAAAAGUUACCCUUUCGAAGCAGUAAAGCUGGCCCAAGAACCCAAAUCUCUAGAAGUAGCUGGAAAUGAAGAGAGAACCACAGCAGAGGGGGAGGAGGUUUAUUCUUUCAUGGGCAGUGAAAGUUUGAUAUUGGAGAAAUCAAGCACAGAGUCAUCCAGGCCUCGCAAAGACGGUAGCCAGGAAGAAAUCAAACUACCUCCUGAAAGAGUCCUCCAAACAUCAGUGUCUGGCCCGUCAGUAGAGCAGGCGAGGUCAGAAACCAUCCCCUCUCCUGUCACAACAGCCCAUUUCCUGGCGGAAGCUGAGGAACUGUCACUGGGCAAGGAAGCAGCAGCACACUGGGGCACACCCCCUCUCCCUGGAGAGAAGCCACUAGAAGAAUCAAAAACGGUUCAGUCAAAGGUUGUAGAUGAUGCCAGCACGGGAGAGAAACCAGCUGUCGAAGCGAAAAUGCCCCCACAAAGGAAAUCCCGCUCCUCAGUCCCAGCAGGUCAAGAACCUCAACCCCAAGAGUCACCGGAGGGGACCCAAAAGCCGCCUGAGCAGCCGAAGGUGGUUAAGCCAGACCUUCCUGAGGAAAAGGGAAGAAAAGGAAUUUCAUCUUUCAGAUCAUGGAUGUCCAGUUUGUUUUUUGGAUCAAGCACUCCAGAUAACAAAGUCGCUGAAAAAGAAGAUUUAGAAACUCAACAAAGUUCAUCUGUAGAAAAAGCAAUGACUGUGACAGAGCCUGAAGGGACAAUUCCCACCGAUUUUAACGCCACCGAGAAACCAGCUGCUUAUUCAUUGCCAGGGGGAAAACUUACAACAGCUGUUGAAUUCAGAGGUGCUGACAUUAAAUCAGAUGAAGGGCAAGACUUCAAAGCAAAACCCACAUUUUCAUCAAACACAGAGGUUGUACAACAGCCAAAGUCUGACUCUGAGAUGACUGCUGGAGACUAUGAGAAGAAAGAAAUCCCUGACUCCUCAGAGGAAAUGAACACAAAUGCAGUAGUUGCUUCCACUGAUGGCGAGGAACAUCUUGGAAUUCAAUCUUUUUCACCCACUGGUGAGAAAUUGGUUGUGGAGGAAGCCAGAAAUGUCGUUCCUCUUCCUGCUAGGGAAAGCAAGAGGGUCCAGAAGCCGACCAUCGCUCCCCCAUCUAAAUGGAAUAUUUCUAUCCUUCAGGAACAGCCAAAAAGCCAUCACAAAGACAAAUCACUCCUUUCAUUUGAUGUAGUGGAUAAGGUGCCACCACAGCCCGAAUCAGCUUCAUCUGUCUUCACAAGUAAGACUAUCACGAAGGAAUCGGAGACACCAGAGUCAAUAAUUUUGCCAGUAAAAGAAUCAAAAGGCAGUUUAAUUGAUCUUGGUGAAGACAGACUAAAGAAAGAAAUGCCAACACCUACUGCUUUGAAAAUUUCUGAAGAGGAAAUGAAACUCAGGUCUGUCAGCCCAAAUGAGGAGAAAGGUAACUUGGAAAGCAGAUCAGGUAUCUUGGCAGAAGAGAAGGCGCUGGUGGGAAAACAAGACACUGUGGCCCCAUUAGAGCUGAGAGAUGAGAAUGAAACAGGGAAGGCACAAAUUACACGCGGGUCUGGACCUACUGAAUUGGAAGAAUCAAAAGCUGCUUCUGUGCUGCAGAAAGUCCAUGGAAAUGAAGGCCACAGAGAACGAUCCCAAAUCAUGGUUAGUUCGAAAGAGGAGAAGGGAGAAGAAAAAGAAAAUCAGCCUCCUGUGAAUGUAGCCCAGUCUAUGCCUAAAGAGUUAGAGACCUCUUUAGGUCGUUCUUUGGGUGAAACCCAACCAUUUUCAUUAGUUAAAGCUACAUCAAUUACUGGAAAGUCAGAAACCAUCCUCUCUGAGGCUCCCCCAGAAAUCAAAGAAACAAAGGCAGUAGGAAGGCAACCACAUCCAUUAGAAGAAAAUAAAGUCUUGGAGAAAACCAAGACCUUCCUUCCAGUGGCUCUUUCUGGUCGUGAUGAAAUAGGUAACCACUCUUUAGCUCAGGAAGGAAAUCUGGUGUUUGAAGAGUCAAGCAGGGAUGUACCACAUCCCAGUGAAGAAAGGGGGCAGCUCAAAGCCUCAGAGUUAUCCAAAGGUGUUUCAGUGGAGAUCACAAAAGAAAGUAUGAAGCAAGGAUCUCCCUUUAAAGAAUUGGAAAGGAGUGUAGCUCGUCCUUUAGAUGAAACACAGAACUUCGAAACACCACCAUAUUUGCCAUCAUCUGUAAAACCACAAACCAUCGCUUCAGGCGCUUCUCUAGAAAUUAAUACAGCAAAGAAACAAGGCGUUCCCUGGUCAGAACCGACUCCAGAGAGGCAUACAGUCCACACUGUCCAGACAUCUACAGAUCAGAAAUCUGAUACGCCUAAGCAAUCUGUUCUUGUUUCAAAGCCCCAUUUGGAGGCUGUGGAUGAUACCCAUGGACAUGAACCACUCUCCUCAGCAAGAAGCAACUAUGCUCAGUUUAUAACUAAUGCGUCCGCAGUCAGCACUGAUAAGAUGGUUUCUACUAAAGAAAUGUCCAAGGGGCCUGAAGACACAUAUACAAAAGAUGAAGAAUUUACAGUGACUAGUAAGCCAGCCGGACUUUCAGAAGACCAGAAGAGUGCCUUUAGCAUCAUUUCUGAGGGCUGUGAGAUACUGAAUAUUCAUGCUCCAGCUUUUAUUUUUUCAGCUGAUCAGGAAGAAAGUGAACAAAUGCCAGAUCAGUUAGAGUAUUUGGAAGAGAAAGCCUCAUUUAAAACCACAUUACCUCGUGACGAUAGAGAGGCAGUUGCUUGCCAAAAAAUAGUAAGGAGCAAGUUAGAAGAUUCUGAAGAAAAAGUUAUAUCAUUGAAAGAAAAUAAACGAAAGGAAACUCGUAAGACAAAAGAAGAGAUAUCCAUAGAUUCCGAAACUGGUGAUUUAGCUUUUAUUCAGCCCACGGUUCCCUGUGAAGAGGAUUAUUUUGAAAAAUAUACUUUGAUCGAUUAUAACAUCUCCCCAGACCCAGAAAAACAGAAAGCUCCACAGAAGUUAAACAUUGAAGAGAAACUCUCAAGGGAAGUUACAGAAGAAACUCUACCUUUCCCAGAAAGUUCAGAGGAAACUCCCCUAGAACAUGAAUAUGAUUUGGUGAAAUUAGAUGAAAGAUUUUAUGGACCAGAAAAGGACCACAGCAAAUUAUCUUACCCAGAGACACAAAAGUCUUUGGUUAUCCAAAAAUCAGCUGAUGGGAAUGCUUCGAAGGGCACAAGUAGAGAUGUGAAGUCAAAGUCACCUGGGAUGCCUUUAUUUGAUUCAGAGGAAGGAGUUUUAUCACGAACCCAAAUAUUUCCUUCCACCCCUAAAGCCGUUAACCCGGAACUUCUGGAAGAGCCACCAGCACUUGCAUUUUUAUAUAAGGAUCUGUAUGAAGAAGCUGUUGGAGAGAAAAUGAAGGAAGGGGAGACAGCUUCUGAAGGUGACAGCGUGAAUUCUGAGGCAUCAUUUCCAAGAAGAAAUUCUGACACUGAUGAUGGAACAGGAAUGUAUUUUGAGAAGUACAUACUCAAAGAUGACAUUCCCUACGACACAUCUGUAACUCAAAAGGACCAAGGCCAAGGUCUGGAAGAAAGAGUUGGUAAGGAUGAUUCAUACCAACCAAUAGCUGCAGAAGGGGAAAUUUGGGGGAGGGUAGGAACUACUUUGGAGAAGAGUCUAGAAGAACAGAAAGCUGUUUACAAGGAAGAAGAGCCAGUGGGCCAUGUGGAGACCCUGGAUUCUGUGGCAAUGCAGAGGAAAGCUGUCACUGAGGAAGUCAGAGUGGUUACCCAGAAGAUGAGUUAUGCAGUUCCAUUUGAAGACACCCAUCAUGUUCUAGAGCCCAUAGGUGAAGCAAGUAGUCAGGGGAACGAAGCAGAAAAUGCAAGUCCGGAGUUCAGUCUGAACGUCCCGGUACAGGUGUCUUACCCAGAGGAAGAAGUCGCUUCUGGUGCAACUUAUGUUCAAGAAACCUUACAAGAAGAACCCCAAAUCCUGGUCCCACUUGAGCCAAGCGAAGAGAGGCUCCGCAAUAGCCCUGUUCAGGAUGAGUAUGAAUUUGCUGAACUCCCAAAUUAUGAAGUGGUUACUCAAGACACUUCACCAGAAGAACUAUAUCCAGAAUCCACACUUGAAGAUGUAUCAUCUCAAAGAAAGGAAUCCUUUGAACGUAUCAAAGGAUGUGAAACUGAAUUUACCAGCGAGGUAGAACAAAGUACGUCUGUUGAACAGGAAGAAUUGAGCAGAGAGAGGAAAGAACCAAAUCAGUUAUCAUCAGAGUUAGUAACUGAAAAGACACACACAGAACUGAAAAAGCCCCAGAUUGAUGCAUAUUGCUACACCUGCAAAAGCCCAAUUUCUGCUACAGACAAGGCAUCUGGUAUCCACAAAAGCCAUGAGGUUUCAACACUUGACACAGCUAUAAGUGCUGUAAAGGUUCAAUUAGCAGAAUUUCUAGAAAACUUACAGGAAAAGUCCUUGAGGAUUGAAGCCUUUGUUAGUGAGAUAGAAUCCUUUUUUAAUACCAUUGAGGAAAACUGUAGCAAAAAUGAGAAAAGGCUGGAAGAACAGAAUGAGGAAAUGAUGAAGAAGGUUUUGGCACAAUAUGAUGAGAAAGCCCAGAGCUUUGAGGAAGUAAAGAAGAAGAAGAUGGAGUUCCUGCACGAGCAGAUGGUCAGCUUUCUGCAGAGCAUGGACACUGCCAAGGACACCUUGGAGACCAUUGUGAGAGAAGCAGAGGAGCUCGACGAGGCCGUCUUUCUGACCUCAUUUGAGGAAAUCAAUGACAGGUUGCUUUCUGCCAUGGAGAGCACGGCUUCGUUAGAGAAAAUGCCCGCUGCCUUCUCUCUUUUUGAACAUUAUGAUGACGGCUCGGCGAGAAGUGACCAGAUGUUGACACAAGUGGCUGUUCCACAGCCUCCUAGAUUAGAACCUCAGGAACCGAAUUCUGCCACUGGCACCACGAUCGCGGUUUAUUGGAGCAGGAACAAGGAAGACGUCAUCGACUCGUUCCAGGUUUACUGCAUGGAGGAGCCCCAAGAUGACCAAGAAGUAAACGAGUUGGUAGAAGAAUACAGAGUGACAGUGAAAGAAAGCUACUGCAUUUUCGAAGAUUUAGAACCUGACCGCUGCUAUCAAGUGUGGGUUAUGGCCGUGAACUUCACUGGAUGCAGUCUGCCCAGUGAAAGGGCAAUUUUUAGAACAGCACCCUCCACCCCUGUGAUCCGUGCUGAGGACUGUACGGUGUGUUGGAACACGGCCACUAUCCGGUGGCGGUCUGCCAAUCCAGAUGCCACGGAGACCUACACGCUGGAGUACUGCCGACAGCACUCUCCAGAGGGGGAGGGUCUCAGGUCUUUCUCUGGAAUCAAAGGACUUCAGCUGAAAGUUAACCUACAACCAAAUGAUAAUUACUUUUUCUAUGUGAGAGCCAUCAAUGCAUUUGGGACAAGUGAACAGAGUGAAGCUGCCCUCGUCUCCACCAGAGGAACCAGAUUUCUCUUGUUGAGAGAAACAGCUCAUCCUGCCCUCCAGAUUUCCGCAAAUGGGACUGUCAUCAGCUUCACCGAGAGGAGACGGCUGACAGAAAUCCCAUCAGUGCUGGGUGAGGAGCUGCCUGCUUGUGGACAGCAUUACUGGGAAACCACAGUCACAGACUGCCCAGCUUAUCGGCUUGGCAUCUGCUCCAGCUCGGCUGUGCAGGCUGGUACCCUGGGACAAGGGGACACCUCGUGGUACAUGCACUGCUCUGAGCCACAGAGGUACACGUUUUUCUACAGUGGCAUCGUGAGUGACGUGCAGGUGACUGAGCGUCCAGCCAGAGUGGGUGUUCUCCUGGACUACCCCAACCAGAGGCUUCUGUUCAUAAAUGCUGAGAGUGGGCAGCUGCUCUUCAUCAUCAGGCACAGGUUCAGCGAGGGUGUUCACCCUGCCUUUGCCCUGGAGAAACCUGGGAAGUGUACUUUGCACCUGGGGAUAGAGCCCCCGGAUUCUGCAAGGCACAAGUGAGCCUGGGCUUUCAGAGUUUGCAAGGGCAACAAUUUGAAUCUGGAGGCUCUGUUGUUCUUUUCCUUGGGGGCUACAUAUUAUUCGAGAAGUGUCCCACGCAUUCACACGAGUGACAGCUGUGUGCACAACAGUGUGCCCGUGAGCACAACCCCCAGGAAGACCUUGGCUGUACGGAGCAGAGUGUGAGCAGAGAGGAUGAAAACAACCACCUCAACCCUUUGGCUCAUGUAUAUUUGCAGUCUUUCCUAAACUAAAAGGUCUUACACUUGACUCGGGAACCAAAACAGAGAAAUAGACUUCCGCCUGUUUCAUUGAUUAAAAGAAACCCUCUCACGGACAGGUCGGAGCGAAAGGAAGGUUGGGUUGGUCAAACAUUUUCUCAGAGGAAGAAAUACGGACAUAUUCCACAAGAAAGAUGUCCCCUGGCUUUGCCAAAGGAUGAUGACUCUGAUCAUUAGAGAAAGUGUUUUAACCGAUCUAAAUUUAUAAUGAACUCUUUUGUAAUAAUGUAUAAUGUAGAACUGGAGCUUCUUUUCCCUGAAAUUUUAAAUGUAGAAAAAGUGCUAGAUAUUAGAAAUUUCCAUUUUGUUAAAUAAAUGGUUAGUGUCUAUAAA